AUGAUGGUCAACUUAAUCUCCCUCGCGCUUCCGCUGGCGUUUGCAACCAUUACGGUGGCACGGAACCUCACGGUCGAUGUCUCGAUCACGUCGAAGAAUGGCGUCUAUAACAUCUCGGCCCCUGAGACCAACGUCGAUGUCACAAACAUCAUGAUCGGUCUCUCAACUCAGUCAAACGACUUUUCAGCAGAUUACUUCGUCGGUUACGCCAACGUCAGCGGCACCUACCAGCUUGCAUUAACAUAUUGCGAACCAGAUUCAGGCCCUGGUCGUGUGCUCCAGAUCCUUACCCACGGUGUUGGCUUUGACCGUAGUUACUGGGACUUCCCAGCCAACGGCUAUAACUAUAGCUAUGUGGCCCCUGUUGUUGACGACCACGGCUACUCGACUUUCUCCUGGGAUCGCGUCGGUAUUGCUGAGUCGACACAUGGCGACCCUAUCAACGAAAUUCAGGGCUGGCUUGAGGUCGCUGCUCUCAAGGCACUGACGGAUAAGCUGCGCGCUGGCACCAUCCCAGAGGUUGGCUCUACGUUUGACAAGAUUGUCCACGUCGGUCACUCGCUCGGGUCAAUCCACACGUAUGCGCUCACAGCAGCAUACCCAGACAUCUCAGAUGGCAUUAUCCUGACAGGGUUUGCGCCAAACGUAACCUUUAUUACAGCCCUUUUGCUCGGCGGCGCAUUUGUCCAGGCUAGCGACUACGCAGAGGGGUAUUUCGCGGUUUCGUACGAGGGCGCUAUGCAAAUCUGCUUCUUUGCGCCAGGAUACUUUGAUCCGGCUAUCCUGAGGUUGGCGUAUGAGAGCAGUAGCCCCGUAACGGUCGGUGAGCUGUUCACCAUCGGGGGGGAAAUUGGGCAACUCAGUGCGUUUGCGAAGCCCGCAUUCGUCAUCGCCGGUGAAAGAGACCUCAUAUUCUGCGGGGGUGAUUGCUAUGCAACUGGCAUUCCCGAGCUGCUCUCGCUCCCGGCUGCGCUUCGUGUUCUCCUCCAGGGUGCGACCCCGUUCGAGGCCGCCGUGGUUAAUAACACGGGCCAUGGCCUGACUCUUCUCCGUUCAACGAUUGCUGACCGUUGGCUUCUCCAGGGCUACUCCCAUGUCGAAGUGACUAGCAAGAUCCAAGAGUUUCUAAGCGAGAAUGGCUUGGCCAACAAGGCUUCUUGUUCUUGA